CCCGAUUUAUUCAUUCAUGCGUAAUAACAAUUGUUCGUGCGUAAUUUUUCUCGUGUAAAUAUGUAACGUUAUAGAUCGUAGAAUCGUACGGCGUACGUGGAGGUAGAACGAAGGUAGAAUUUAUUCCUACUGUUGGGGACCAUCUGGUAAUUUGUGACUAUGUACCGAUGGAACGAACAAAAUUGUUCGUUACUGAUUUAUCACCCAAGACCGCGAUUACAGCCUGCGGUUCCGCUUAUCACUAGUCGGUUGUCAUUAUAUUUUGUUUUCACAGUUUUCGUGACAGAACAAUAUAUUUUUUUUUACCUAUUGUCUGGCCAAAAUAAUAAAUAGGUGCUUUUAAAAUGAAUGUAUAGCGUCCGGUAAUAGAUCUAAUAACACCGAUGUCAAUCAUGAAGGAGUUAUUUAUCAUGGAAUUCCCAAGAAUGAAUAUGUGAGAAGAAAAUGGCUUAAAGUUUUUGGAAUUGAUCGUUGUCAUAAUUGGCAAUGUAUAUAUGUAGGGAUCAUUUUUUAGAAGAAAACUAUAAGCCCGGAAAAAGCAAUUUUUAUUUUCAAUCUUACGAUGGAAAUGGUUUUCCUUCUAAGUGGUUAUGCUACUCAAAGUAAUGAUGUUGAAACUGGAAAUAAUGUAAUUUUACCAAUGAAACAAAAUAUAAGAGAGGAAAAUAUUGAAAAAGCUGUUGUAAAUAAUUUUAAAUCACCAAGACCGUCACUUAGGCUUACUAGAAACAAUGAGGAUAAGAGUAAUAAAAAUAUACCGGACCAUACUUCAGGAUCUGGAUUACGAUGUUCUGUUGAAAACUGCUUUAACAGGCAUUCAAAGAAUCUUAGUCUCUUUGGCUAUCCUAAGUGUUUCACGCUCAGAAAAAAGUGGAUAGAAAAAUGUGGAAUAAAAAAAUAUCCUGAUAAUAUAGUAAAACAUGGUACAAGAGUUUGUAGUACUUAUUUUGAACUAGAACGUUUCAAGAAUACUUCAUUAAAAAUCAGAUUAAAACCAGGCGCUGUUUCAUCAUUAUUUUUUGAUAGUGAUCUGUUCAAAAGUAAACCUAAUGCACUGUUUUACCAUAUUGUGAAUCAUCCAACCAACUUAGCACAAUUAUUUUUUCUUUUUAGUGAAAUUUCUACUGAUGACGUUGACAUUGAAACUAUUGACAAAGAUGAGAAGUUAUUAACAUAUAGACCUGAUGUUGAAGCUAAAUCAAUAGAAUCAUAUAGAAAUUCAAAAUUACCUAGAGACCCUGAAACGUGGGAAGAUAAUAUUAACAAACAACAGUGGAAUAAACUUAAACAGACUUUGUUUGAAAAAGCUCUAUCUAUAUUAUACUCAAACCGUUUAUCAAGAUUAACGUAUGAAGGUACAGUACGAGAGUAUGUUCAAAAAAUCAUAUCUACAGAAAAGUCAGUGACUGAAAUGCACCAUCUAUUAACUAAUUACACUCACUGGGACAUAUCAUUGACGCAAUGGUUGCAUAGAAUAUUCAUUUCUAAUUUACCAGAUGACUAUCUUGCAUCCUACAUCGAUAUAUUAGAGAAAUUGAAACAAAUUGCUCCAUCAUUUGUAAAUGAUAUGAUAUCAGCAAAUUCAAUAGAAUGUUCUAAACAAGAAAUUAAAUCAAAACCAAUUAAUUUGGAGGAACCUGUUGAUCCUUUUAACUUAAUGUUGACAACUUACCCACCCCUAAAACUACCAAAAAAUCCUGUUAUAAUAUUGGUGCCAGACUUUCCUGGGUAUUGUACACAACCAAAUACAAGGACUUAUGAUUGGAUGAAUGCCCUAUCAUAUUUAGCAGAAUUAGAUGUUGCUUUGACAAUGAAAGUACCAUGGAGUUAUGAAGAGUACUCUCGUGAAGAAGAAUUAGAUAUAGAAACCAGUUUAGACACCAUGGUAGAUUCUACAAGAAGUAAAGUUGUAUCAGUGCGAUUUGAAGAUCCUAAUAGGCCUAUUAUUCUGGCUGGUGUUGGAGUCAGUGCUGCAAUAGCUUGUCAAGUAGCUGUUCUAGAAAACGUUGAAGGUUUAGUAUGUUUGGGAUUCUUUGUUAAUUCAUCUGAGGUAAAAAGAGGUUAAGAAGGCGAUUGUAUUUUGGAUCUUGAAUGUCCUACAAUUUUUGUGACUGGCCAGCUCAGCAUAUUUUCACCGGUUUUGGAUAUGGAAGAAUUAAGAGUAAAGCUAAAAUGUAAGAACAAUCAUAUACUAAUUGGUGGAGCAAAUGAUGAAUUGGUCAUGAACCAUACUACUAAGAUGAGAGAGGCAGUCACUCAAAAACUUGUUGACAGA